GAAUGAAAUAAUAAUAUAAAAAUGGGACAAAAGAUCUAUGUACUAAUAGUUGAAGUUAACCCAAAGGACAAUUUUAUUAAUUUACACAAUAAAUUAAUUGUAAAUGUCGAUAUGAAGAUUUUUUUUUUUUUUUUUUUGAAAGAUCGAUAUGAUGAAUUUCAAUACAAGUAGAUAAAUUGUCUAUUUCAAAAAGUAAAUAAUUCCCCUAAUUAAUAAUAUUUAUGGUUAUUAUAAAGCGUAUCCGAGUUUGGAUAUCUUUAAAAGCAAUGAGGCAAAGACAAUGGCCAUCAAAAAGAAAUGAGGGUUUAAAGAUGGUCCUUCUGUAUGAUACCUCAAUAAAAAAAAUAAAAGAUAAAUAAAUUAAUUACUCCAUAUAUAAAGAAGAAGAAGAAAUAAAGAAGGUCCCUACCUUUUGAUGAGUCUUACUUGUAUAAGUUAUAAUUAACUAGCUUCUUCUUCAAUCACAUGUCUGAACCUUCUUUUGUGACCUAAUUCAUGCACAUAAUUAGUUGGUAAAAGUUGGUUUGGCCAAUUAUAUUUAUUAGAUUUCUAAGUUUACAAAUCUUUAAUUUAAAUGCCUCCAUCAUUUCUUCUUAGCUUUACAUCCCACAAAAAAAUACAAUUAUUCUUUAGCUUCCUCUCAAACCAAAAAUAAUUUUUUUUUUUUUUCAAAUAUGGGAUUCUUCAUCUUACUACUUCUUUUCCCUUCUCUUUUUUUCCUCAUCCAUUUUCUAAAAUGGGCACUUAUUAAAAGACACCAAGAUUGUUACAUUUUAAGCUAUGAAUGCUUUAAACCGACAGAUGAUCGGAAAGUAAGUUCACAAUUCUCCGGUGAAAUCCUUGCCCGGAACAAAAACUUGGGCAUUAAUGAGUACAAGUUUCUUCUAAAGGCGGUCGUUAGCUCCGGCAUUGGGGAGCAAACGUAUGCCCCAAGAAACAUCCUUAAGGGCAAAGAAGAAUGUCCAACAAUUAAAGAUAGCCUAGAAGAAAUGGACGAGUUUUUUCAAGAUAGUGUCGAAAAACUCCUCUCUAAAUCCAAAAUUUCUCCUCAAGAAAUCGACGUUUUAGUCGUAAAUGUGUCGAUGUUUGCGGCCGUACCAUCCUUGGCCUCAAGAAUAGUGAACCAUUACAAAAUGAGGGAUGAUGUUAAGGUGUACAACCUUAGUGGGAUGGGGUGUAGUGCUAGCUUAAUUUCAAUAAGCAUUGUUCAAAGUGUGUUUAAACACGAAAAAGAGCGUUACGCUUUGGUUGUCACAUCGGAAUCAUUAAGCUCGAAUUGGUACACGGGUAAUGACCGAUCCAUGAUAUUGUCAAAUUGUCUAUUUAGGUCGGGUGGUAGCGCGAUUCUCUUGACCAAUAAAUGGGGUUUAAGGAAGAAGGCUAUGUUGAAGCUCAAAUGUCUUGUACGGACACAUCAUGGGGGUAGAGAUGACUCGUACGGAUGUUGCAUGCAAAUGGAGGAUUCCGUAGGGAGGCUAGGGUUUCACCUUAGCAAAAACCUUCCUAAAUCCGCGGCUCGAUGUUUGGUUGAUAAUCUUAAGGAGUUGGCCCCGAAGAUCUUGCCAACUAAGGAAGUGGUUCGAUUUGUGGUUGCUGUUAUGGUCCGGAGAUUUUUCUCUGGACCUAACAAGCAAGCAGGUAUAGGUGCAGGGGAACGAAAUAAUAAACCAAGUAUUAAUUUUAGGACGGGAGUAGAACAUUUUUGUAUUCACACGGGUGGUAAAGCCGUUAUAGACGGUUUAGGGGAGAAUCUAAAGUUAAGUGAGUACGAUCUCGAGCCAGCGAGGAUGACCCUCCACCGGUUUGGGAACACGUCGGCGGGUAGCUUAUGGUAUGUUUUAGGGUACAUGGAGUCCAAAAAGAGGCUCAAAAAGGGGGAUAGGGUGUUGAUGGUUAGCUUUGGGGCAGGGUUUAAGUGUAAUAGUUGUCUGUGGGAAGUGGUGAGAGACUUAGAUGGGUGUGACAAUGUUUGGAAGGAUUUUAUUGAAGACUAUCCUCCUAAGAGUUUGGCUAAUCCUUACUUGGAGAUGUUUGGUUGGAUCCAAAAUGAAGACACUAGUACUUUUCCAGAGGAUUAUGAAGAAAAAAUGAAUUAUUACCAAGAAAAAAUGAAUUGA